AUGACUUGCGUAUUGACCGACGAGAAAUUCCAGGCCAUGGAGUCUAGUAUUGCCUACGUUGUUUCCGCCGUCACCGCUACCGCAGCAGAAUACUCGAGAAGAAGUUUACAAUGGAACCAUGAUAUUCGCAUCGAGUGCUUGUGCUGGGCUAUCUUGUAUCUGGGACUCAGAUUGAGGCCCAAGGUAUUGAAACUGCCAGCAGAAGAGUCAGAAGAUGAAGUUUUGCCGCGGAAACAACAACGCAAUUUUAACUUAAUAGCAUGGAGCUCUUCGUUUCUCAUCACCGUCGCACGAGUAUUAGCCGUGCACCACUGA